GCGCACGGACAUGUUGGGUCGCCAACGUUCAAGAGGCCCGAUGUCCAUGCCAACGGUAACCGUUAGCGGGCCGGUAGCAUCCCCAAGGUGCACACUGCGUUGCAACUCGGGCUUGGGCUUCAGCCGUGGCGGGAAACCGGCCAAGGGUCGGCAAAUGCGAAUAUUUGAGGUGGCACAGCGCGUCCAGAAGACGACGGCUUCCGUUUGUCGCCAAGCGCGUGUCGCCGUGUGCAGGACGUCGCAGUUACGUUGUCGGCCGUGUUCUCUUCCGUCUAGUGCCGUUGCCGUCGUCCGUCGCAUGGCUGACAGCUUUCGCAAGCUCCCGCUGCUGCUUCUCGACAUCUUCCUACUGGUCGUCGUCGUAGUGUUGCACAUGUGUUUCGUCGGGGGCGCGCCACGGCGUUGGCGCAGACGAACUUCGCCGAUGAAGGCCGUCAGGACGGAUAGUGGACAGGGAUCCCACAAGGGAGGAGGGGAGCAGGUUGUGAGCAGGCGUGCCGUUGGGAGUUCUUCACCGGCUUGCAGGUUGUCGUUGGGGGUCGGUCAUUCAUCACUGCCGCCGCAUUUGCAACCCCUCCCUGACUCAUCUGAUGAGGAGGAGAGGGAGGGACGGGCAUGCACUGUUCCGUUGGGUAGUGGUUCUACGCAGGAAUGGUCUUGGACGGAGCUGUGCGGCGGCAGUGGCGGUGUGCACGGCCAGUCCUUCACUGAACUGCUGGCGCCGGGUCUCGACGGGGAAGAAGGGCAUGGCGGAUCGAACCUGUCUUCUGGUCUGUCUACAGGGAGGUCUGGAAGCCAGACGCACACAGUGAUCGUCAAUCCCCAUGUUGGCGACGACGGCGGGCAGUUAACCGCUGUGGACAGAUCAUCGAAAUCCGCAGGCGCGCAGCAGUGGCAGGGACGAGCGACUUCCAUCUCCAGGAGCACGCAAGGUCGUCCGUCGUUUAUGCAGUCCCCGGCUCCGGUGUGUGCUGCGUCCAACCUGGGACGUCGACGUGGCAUUGUCGAGGAAAGGGGGGGGUACUUGGACGACGUCGUUGACGACCUCGACGGGAGGUUAGUGUGGGCGGAGGAGCGACGGAAGAUCAGGGAGGGGCGAGAGGAAGCAAUCAGGCGGGGGGUGGAGCGGCUGAGGAUGGACAGGCAGGCAGAAGAAGUUGAAGAGCCACAUGCGGGGCUUCCGUCCGAAGACGACGACGAUGACGGCGUAGGAGAGGCAAGAGACGGGAACGGCAGUUACGCCUCGCCAUCGCAGAACGGCGACAGGGGGGGGAAGGGCGGCAAGACGAAGGCGACCAGCGGGAACGGUCGUGGGCGGCCGAAGAAAGCGCAAGCAAAGGCGAACGACGGAGAAGGUGAUGGCGACGCAGAGGAGAAGCGAAACUUUUGGAGUGUCGAACAUAUCAUCGCGCUCAUACGGGCGAAACGCGAUCAGGAUGCGCACUUGCAGGGGAUGGGGCAUGCCUAUGCCCGGAUGAAGCCGAGGGAGUGGAAAUGGAAUGACGUCGCCAGAAGAUUGAAGAAUGUAGGUGUUGACAGGAAGCAGGAGAAAUGCAGGAAGAAGUGGGAUAACCUCAUGCAGCAAUUCAAGAAAGUUCAUCAUUUUCAAUCGCCGUCCGGGGGAAUCGACUUCUUCCAGUUGAACGGCAAGGAGAGGGCGAGACACGGCUUCAAUUUUAACAUGGACCGCACCGUUUACGACGAGAUUGACGGGUCCAGCGGUUUCAACGAAACCAUCAACCCCAAAAACGUUGUCGAUACUGGUGCCCGCGGCGGUGUGCAUUUGCCGUCGAUGACAACUGCUGAUCCUGAAGCAGUUGGUGAUGCCGAUGCCGGUGCAUGGGGGGAAGAUGAGGACGAGGGAUCGACUCGUGGUUCCUCCCAGACGUCGGGCAGCCCCCAUGGUUUCGGAAAGAGGAAGAGCACACGGCAGCAGACGUUCGAAGCAAUGACGGAGUGCAUGGACAAGCACGGUGCGUUGAUGGCGGCCACGAUGGAGAGUGCCAACAAGCGGCAAUGCAGCAUUCAGCUACGACAAUGUGAGGCAUUAGAAGUUGAAGUGCAGGUGCAGAAGACGCACUACGCCGCGUCCGAUGAAGUCAGCAAACUCAUGUGCCAUGCGUUGUUGGAAAUAGCAAAGGCUAUUCGCGAGCGAUAGACUUCGUUGGCAUUGUGUUGUGUAGCACUUGCUCCCUGGAAUUUAGUAGUCGGUGGAUAGUUGGAGGCUUCCCGUUGUAGUCGGCUUCGUCGGCAAGGUGUCCUCAUCGAUUGUUGUCGUUGGUGGUCUUUGUAGUGUUGUAUUACGUCGGUUGGGUGCAUCAGUCGGCCGACUUUGUGUGUGUUUACUCUGACGUAGUACGAGACGGGUAAUCCCGUCAUUCAAUGAAUUGAAUUUAAAUUU